ACCAAUGCGGUUUACCAGGUUAACCAGAAUUCCUUCACCGUAUCAUGGUCACCCCCAUCAAACCCGCCAUUCCAGCCGACUGGUUAUCUAGUACAAUAUAGAGUAGGUGGAGUGGAUGGAGGAGAUGUUACAGCAAGCGACGUAACAACCAUUACAUUCCAAGGCACUGCUCCUGAUGCUAACAGCGUCUUUGUUGCUACUUUGUUCACUGGUUCAAAAGAGCUUGGUGCUGAGGACGUCGCUUUGGCUGUUGAGACUCAGGCAACGGACUCAUCAUAUUAUCAGAUUCACUUGUUGAACUUCAUCACUUUAUCCUGGUCAGCCCCGCAGAACCCGACCGGAGUGUUCGGGUAUCUGGUGGGAUAUACGGUAGGCGGAUUGGCCAAUGGCGAGACCAUCUUAGACAAUACAGUGACAACGAUUACAUUUCAAGACAACAACUUACAGGGUAGAAGUGAUAUUGAUCCGAAUAGUGCAUUCGUUGCCCAUUUGGAUUUUAAUCAAGCUGAAAUUCCAAACACUCGGUCUGUGGCGUCUCUCCCCCCUCAGAAUUUGAUACCCCCUCCUCCUGUGCUUGCUACCAUACAACGGACAUCCGAUACGAGUUAUACUAUAUCCUGGUCUAGCCCGGGGAAUGUCGAUGGAUAUGUCAUCUCAUACGCCGAUGGUGCAGUAGUCAAUUCUCUAGAGCUACCAGCAGAUAGGACAUCCGAACAGGUCCAGAAUCUUCAACCCAAUACGGAUUACACAUUUAACUUGUACAGUCAACAGAAUGGUAUCAGAGCUCAAGCUACACUCACUGUACUACCCCCUGUGGUAACACCGCCAGACAACACUAUAUUCACCAUCGACGACCGUAGUGAGGAUUUCAUCAACAUUGUCUGGGACCAUGACCCUACACAAGGCAUUAUAUCAUAUCACCCGACUCUCCUUCUAAAUGAUGGUGUCACCCUAGUACAAGAUGGAGGACUUAUUGAUGCCCCAGCAGGAGCUGCGCCUCUUACACAUCGAUUCGCUGGACUGGACCCGGGAACCCAGUACACCGUUGAUAUUAACAUCGUGGCGAGUGCAAAUCCAACUACUGAAAUUGACUUUGCAAGUGAUUUGGCGUUUACACGACCUAAACCACCAAACAACGUACUCCUGUAUCCGCUCACCCCAACUACCAUCUUGUUCACAUGGGAACGUCCCCUUCCACCAAAUGACUUCUUUAUUGACUACUUGGUGUCUGCUUCCAAUGUGGAUCUGGGUUUUUCUGUACAGAAUGUCCUACCCCAAGGCGCUACCAGUAAUGCUAUUCGUGGUCUUCAACCAGCUACUAGCUAUGACUUGAGUGUUCUUACGAAUAUUGAACCUGUUACAAGCAACUUCCCUGGUUUCACCGUUGUGCCGCCAACUGCUGUUGCUGGUACUGUGAAUAUUGGGGCUGUUACAGCUCAAGAACUGGAGGUACUCUGGUCGACUGAUGGCAUCGCUGCCGACUCCUUCAGAGUUCUUCUGUUCAGUGAGGAUGGCUUACAGCAAUUUGAACAAAGUGUCCCUGCUGGAACCACAUCUGUGCUAUUUGAGAACUUGACACCGGACACCCCGUACAUUGCUGUUGUUGAAGCUAUUGUUAGAAAUGUACUGACGAAUACAGAUCAAGCUUCUGUUGUUGGAUCAGAUGAAGCAACAACCAAUAGCCUACCAGGUACUAGUAGCGUUACUGUGGACAGCACAACUGGAAAUUCAGCAACACUCUCAUGGACCUUUAACCAGGCAGCCACAGACUACGUAAUCUCUUACAUCAGUGCCGAUGGUUCUCAUACUGGUGCGUUUAACCCAGACGGGAACGGCAACACAGCUGUCGUUGUGCCUGGGCUUCAACCACAGACUACCUACACAUUCUCAGUGUUAGGAACAGACGGCACAAAUACAUUUAACGUCGGAUCAGCUGUAGGUACAACAGGUUUGGAUACGACGGUAACAUUGGAUUCAGUUACAGAGAACACGGUUACACUUUCCUGGACAGCGAUAGAUGGUAGUACUUUUUACCAGGUUUUAUAUAGGCCUACUGGCUCGACUCAACCGGAACAACAAAUGAUAGUUUCUAAUGGACCACAAAACACCCAAACCACACUAACUGGACUCACACCAGCUACAAUGUAUGAUGUUCGAGUUGUGGCUUUCUCGGGAAGUGGACCAUUGGAAGUUGGAAGCAUCACACCAACAACAGAUAUUCUGAAUGAGGUUAUGGUGGAUUCGGUAACACCAAACACGAUAGCUCUUCGCUGGACAAAUUUGCCGGACAACAUAAAUUAUGAGAUAAUCUACACUGCACCAGAUGGAACACAACGAAUGGUUUCGUCAGGCACCAGCCCCAACAUCAUCCUUACUGGACUUACUCCUGCCACUCUGUAUGACAUCUCAGUACGUUCAACAUCUAACGAAGGACAGCAAUCAGCCGUUGGUACCACUACAGCUACUACUGUUCCAACACAAGUUACAAUAACUGAAACAACUCCAAAUUCAAUCAGCGCAAGUUGGACAGAGAUAACAAAUGCCUUGACAUAUCGCAUAGACUUUGUCAGUGCUGAUGGCCUACACACUGGAUCUAUCAAUUCACCUGUACCCCCGGUAGUUAUCGAUAGUCUACAACCAGGUACAACGUACACAAUAACUGUUCUUGGUACUACAGUGGACGGACAGACCAUCCCAAUUGGUUCAGCUUCUGGUACAACAGGUAUUGGCACUUCAGUUAAUUUGGGCCCAGUUACAUCAAGCACAAUCGCCUUGAACUGGACCCCUAUCCCCGAUACCAAUACUUAUCAGGUAACUUACACUGGACCAGAUGGGCAAGUGCAGCAGGUUUUGUCGACCAACCCUGAAACCAUCCUUACUGGACUAAAUCCUGUAUCUCAGUAUGACAUCACAGUGAGGGCUAUUACUAACAGUGGACAACUGGUAGAUGUUGGCACUACAACUGCCACUACAGGUAUUGACUCUUCACUUACUGUGGGUGCUGUUACACCAAACACCGUAGACAUCAGCUGGACACCUGUCCCUGGUACCAAUAUCUAUCAGAUAAUAUACACUGGACCAGACGGGCAACAGCAACAGGGGCAGGUUCUUCAUCCCGCCACUGAUUUCACCCUUACUGGACUUACUCCUGCAUCUCAGUAUGACAUCACUGUAAGGGCAUUUAACACUGAUACUGGACAACAGACAGAUAUUGGCACUGCUACUGCAACUACAGGUUUGGAUACGAUAGUAACAUUGGAUUCAGUUACAGACAACACGGUUACACUUUCCUGGACGGCAAUAGAUGGUAGUACUUUCUACCAAGUUUUAUAUAGGCCUACUGGCACGACUCAACCGGAACAACAAAUAUUAGUUCCUAAUGGACCACAAAACAGCCAAACCACACUAACUGGACUCACACCAGCUACAACGUAUGAUAUUCGAGUUGUGGCGUUCCCGGGAGGUGGACCAUUGGAAGUUGGAAGCAUCACGCCAACAACAGGUAUUCUGAAUGAGGUUAUUGUGGAUUCGGUAACACCAAACACGAUAGCUCUCCGCUGGACAAAUUUGCCAGACAACAUAAAUUAUGAGAUAACCUACACUGCACCAGAUGGAACACAACAAAUGGUUUCCUCAGGCACUAGCCCCAACAUCAUCCUUACUGGACUUAGUCCUGCCACUCUGUAUGACAUCUCAGUACGUUCAACAUCUAACCAAGGACAGCAAUCAGCCAUUGGUACCACUACCGCUACCACAGUUCCAACACAAGUUACAAUAACUGAAACAACUCCCAAUUCAAUCAGUGCAAGUUGGACAGAGAUAACAAAUGCCUUGACAUACCGCAUAGACUUUGUCAGUGCUGAUGGCCAACACACUGGAUCUAUCAAUUCACCUGUACCCCCGGCAAUUAUUAAUAGUCUACAACCAGGUACAACGUACACAAUAACUGUUCUUGGUACUACAGUGGACGGACAGACCAUUCCAAUUGGUUCAGCUUCUGCUACAACAGGUAUUGGCACUUCAGUUAAUUUGGGCCCCGUUACAUCAAGCACAAUCGCCCUGGACUGGACCCCUAUCCCCGAUACCAAUACUUAUCAGGUAAUUUACACUGGACCAGAUGGGCAAGCGCUGCAGGAUUUUCCGACCACCCCUGACACCAUCCUUACUGGACUAAAUCCUGUAUCUCAGUAUGACAUCACAGUGAGGGCUAUUACUAAUGGUGGACAACUGGUAGAUGUUGGCACUACAACUGCCACUACAGGUAUUGACACUUCAGUUACUGUGGGUGCUGUUACACCAAACACCAUAGACAUCACCUGGACACCUGUCCCUGGUACCAAUAUCUAUCAGAUAAUAUAUACUGGACCAGACGGGCAACAGCAACUGGGGCAGGUUUUUCAUCCCACCACUGAUUUCACCCUUACUGGUCUUACUCCUGCAUCUCAGUAUGACAUCACUGUAAGGGCAUUUAACACUGAUACUGGACAACAGACAGAUAUUGGCACUGCGACUGCAACUACAGACACACUGCUGAAUCUGGUUGCCAGUGCUCAAAACAUCCAAACGACAAGCUUCGACAUCAUGUGGGAAGACAGACCCGAAUUCACCUACACUAGCUACAUUGCGACAGUCAGUGAAGUAGGUGGUACCUUUUCAGUACAACUUCCAGCCACGGCAAAUCGUGAUGGUAGAGAUAUAGUAGUCAAUGCUGUGGGCCUUACACCCGGCACAGAAUAUGAUGUCAACAUUCAAGGUGUGACCAGUACUGGAGUGCGUGAGGAUCAAGUCAAUUUCAACGUUUUCACAAGACCAAAUCCGCCUAUCGAUGGUCGCUUCACCGAGAUAAAUGGAAUGACAGUACUACUUGAGUGGAAUCCACCUGCUGAUGGGAGAAUAGAUGGGUAUGUAGUGAUACAUGGUGCAGAAACCCAGGAUCCAACUACUUUGACCCAGGCUAUUAUCCCAGUUGGUCAGACGGCAUACGCCAUCUCAGGACUCAGUCCUAUCAUACCCUCUACCAUAGGACUGGUAUCAUAUCGGAAUUCAACUGAUACAUUUAGUGAUUUUGCCGAGCUACUUCAGCAACAAAAUUCUAACUUGGAAAUAAAUAGAGGUGAUAACCAAUGCGCAAGUAGACCAUGUAGGAAUGAUGGACAGUGUUUUGGUGUGUCAGGAGGCAGUUUCAGAUGUGAAUGCAUCAAUGGUUUCAGCGGUACUACCUGCGAAGUAAACACGGAUGAAUGUAGCAGCACACCUUGUCUAAAUGGAGGGACCUGUACUGAUCUCCAAAAUGGUUAUAUCUGUCGUUGCCUUGCUGGAAUAACUGGCACAAACUGUGAGAUAAGACCCCAGCCUUGCGCCAACAAUCCUUGUUUAAAUGGUGCGACCUGUGUGGAAGUAUUGACAACCUUUACAUGCUCUUGUCUUGCUGGCUUUACUGGCACGUUGUGUGAAACAGAUAUCGAUGACUGCGCACCAAUCAACCCCUGUCUCAAUGGUGGCUUUUGUGUAGAUGCAGUCAACAGUUUCAUGUGUAUAUGCCAAACUGGUUUCUCGGGCACUAACUGUGAAAUAGAUAUAGAUGAGUGCAAUCCUGAUCCAUGUCAGAACGGUGUGUGUAUUACAAUUGGACCGGGAUCCCCAUCCACAUGCAUUUGUAAUCAAGGCUUCACCGGGCAGAAUUGUGAGACUGAAAUUAAUGAAUGUAAUUCGUUGCCCUGUGUAAAUGGCGGUACCUGUGUAGAUGCUCUUUCAAGCUAUGUGUGCAGAUGUUUACUUGGUUUCACCGGAGUAAACUGCGAAUCUCAAACUGAUGAGUGUUCCAGUCAACCUUGUAACAAUGGAGGAACUUGCUUGGAUGGUGUAAACUCGUACGAGUGUAGAUGUCCAAUGGCCUUUGGUGGGAUAAACUGUGAAACAGAUAUCAAUGAAUGCUCAUCGGGACCAUGCAUUAACGGUGCCACAUGCUUUAAUCAGUUGGGGUUCUUCCGAUGUCAGUGUCCUGCAGGGUACGAGGGACCAACAUGCGCUACGGACAUCAAUGAAUGUGCAAGUAACCCCUGUGAGAAUGGCGGAACAUGUCGGGACUUCCCAGGGAUAUACAUUUGUAACUGUGUCCAAGGUUUCUCUGGUAUACGCUGUGAAAUAAACAAUGAUGAUUGUCGAAAUAACCCUUGCCUGAAUGGAGCUACUUGCAUAGAUGGAGCGCAGUCUUUCACCUGCAUUUGCCCAUCAGGUUUUUCCGGAACGACGUGUGCUAUGCAAUUGGACGCAUGUAACCCACCACCUUGUCAGAAUGGAGGAACGUGUACCAAUCUUUUCCCGUCAUUCCAGUGUGUUUGUCCCGCUGGCUUCACUGGAACAAACUGUGAAACAAAUAUCAACGAAUGUUCUAGCUUUCCCUGUGCAAAUGGAGGAACUUGUAAUGAUGGUAUCAAUCAGUAUACGUGUUCAUGUACUGCUUCUUUCCAGGGUCCUAGAUGCCAAAUAGGAAGGAACAUCCCACUCACUUACACCCCAACGCCCACGACACUUACUUUUGAUUGGCCAGCACAACCUGGAGUCGUUCAAUACAGGAUAUCUCUCCAAAAUCUAGAUGGGAGCCCAGCUGCACCUCCCCAAACAGUUUUCCAGACAUCUGCAACAUUCUCCGGCCUUGACCCCACCACAACGUACUUAGUUUCUCUGGAAACAACUGCAGACGGUGUAGACUACAAUCUCAGUCGAGAUUUUGGUACAACAGAUACACCACCAUGUGAUGUCGCACGUUGUUUCUUUGGAGGGACGUGUCGGGAAGAUAGCACAGCAGCACGUGGUUAUACCUGUGAUUGUACAACUGGGUACACUGGUGACAACUGUGAACAAAAUAUCAAUGAGUGCUUAGUGACUGUUAACCUAUGUGGGACUGGGAGAUGCUUUGACACCUUUGGCUCUUUUAUGUGUAUAUGUGACCCGGGCUUCCAAGGCACACAAUGUGAACAGGAUAUUAAUGAGUGCCUAAGCAAUCCUUGUCAGAAUGGAGGUAUUUGUGAUGAUGAACCCAAUCGAUAUGUAUGUCGAUGUCCGCCAGGAUUUACUGGGAUUAAUUGUCAAACUCCGAUAGAUAACUGUGCAAGUGGUCCCUGCAACAAUGGAGGCUCAUGCAUCAAUGCAUUUACUUCAUUCUUCUGUGCUUGUCCUCCCGGAUAUACUGACUCACGAUGUGAAACAAACAUUAAUGAGUGCUUAAGCCAACCAUGUCUGAAUGGUGGAACCUGUAUUGAUGGAAUUGCUAGCUUCACUUGCUCUUGUGCACAAGGUUUUGAAGGAACUAACUGUGAAAACAGAAUAAGUACUUGCCUAAGCUUUCCUUGUGUGAAUGGUGGAACGUGUACGGAUGUUGCUACGGGGUAUUUCUGUUCGUGUAUCCCUGGAUUUACAGGAACUAACUGUGAAAUUGAUAUCGACGAGUGUGCUGGAAAUCCAUGCUUGAACGGAGGGAUAUGCUUUAACCUACUCAAUCAGUUUACCUGUACUUGCCAAGGUCUAUUCACUGGCCUACGAUGUGAAACCCAGGUGGAUACUUGCAUAAGUUUUCCCUGUGAGAAUGGAGGGAACUGUAUCAACAUCGUGAAUGGAUUUUUAUGCAGCUGUCUUCCAGGCUUUACUGGUGUAAGAUGUGAAAAUGAUAUCGAUGAGUGCAGUAGCAAUCCUUGUUUUAAUCAAGGUACUUGUAUCAAUCAAGUUAGCCGAUUUUUGUGCCAGUGCCCAGAUGGAUACGAUGGAACACGAUGUGAAAAUAAUAUCAAUGAGUGUUUGUCAAAUCCCUGUUUUAAUGGGGGAACAUGCUUGGACCAAGUUGCUAGCUACAGGUGUAUAUGUACAGUAGCAUUUACUGGGACUCGAUGCACACAAAAUACAAAUGAAUGUGUUUCCUCACCUUGUCAGAAUGGAGGUACCUGUAUUGAUCAGGUCAAUGGUUAUAGAUGUGAAUGUCCCACCGGGUUGACUGGAAUUAUCUGUGAAACUGAUAUAAAUGAUUGCCUCAACAAUCCCUGUCUAAAUGGAGGAUCAUGCCAAGAUCUUCCUGGUACAUUCUCCUGUACAUGUGCUCUUGGAUAUACAGGUUUCAACUGCCAAACAAAUAUCCUUGAGUGCAACAGCAAUCCAUGUGUGAAUGGUGCUACAUGUGUGGAUGGUAUAAAUCGAUUUUCUUGCACUUGUGCGGCUGGAUUUAUAGGAGCUACUUGCGCUGAACGAAUUGAUUUUUGUUUGGGUUCACCUUGUUCUGUGAGGGCAUCCUGUAUCUCUGUGGGAGCAUCAUUCUUGUGUCUGUGCCCUCCUGGAUUUACCGGACCCACCUGUGAUAUUGACAUUAAUGAAUGCCUCAACAAUCCUUGUCUGAAUGGGGGAACCUGUGUGGACGGAAUCAACUCCUUCACCUGCAAUUGCCCUCCAGGAUUCAAUGGCCAGUUUUGUCAGACAAAUAUCGAUGAAUGUGCCAGUUUCCCAUGCCAGAACGGCGGUGUCUGUACCGAUUUGAUCAACGGAUUCAGAUGUCAGUGCUCUGCUUUCUUCCAAGGCAUCGUGUGCACGAUACCCCUUGUGAUUCAAAUGACUGACACAAGCACGGUCCCAAGGACCCUGCGUGUUGAGUUUGACCCGAUCAACAGCGAACCGAAUGCCGUAUAUGAUGUCAUCGUGACGGCACCAGACGGGACCAUCGUUGACAUGCGUUCAUUCACCGACGCUGAUGUGGACAGCGACGGACGGGUGAGGGCAGAUAUCCCUGGACUUGAUCCUGACCUCACCUACACGGUGGAUCUGCAGGUCCGAACACCGGAAGGGACAUUCACUCUUGAUACCAUGAUGAGUAGUCCACCAGGUGCUUGCGAUUCGGGACCAUGCUUCAAUGGAGGGAUCUGUACAGAAGCUCCUGGAACUGCUUUGGGCUAUACAUGUACCUGUCUUCCAAGUUUCCAACAGCCAAAUUGCUUGAUUCAAAUAAACCCAUGUGACAGCAAUCCAUGUCAAAAUGGAGGUACUUGCCUGAAUUCCGGAUCAUCAUUUAUUUGUGCAUGUGCAGCUGCGUGGCAAGGAAGCAUCUGUACUUACCCUCGGUCGAUACCAAUAAAUUUCAACACACCAAAUCCCAACACCCUAAUCAUUAGCUACAACCAGCCCCCAGGCCAGUACAGCUCAUAUGAUGUGACGUUGCUAGACAUUGUGGGACAACCGGUCCAGACCGGUGUAAUCAGCCCCGCCCAGAUACAGCCAGACGGUACUUUCCGCUACACCUUCAAUGGAGUACAGCCCAACACUGCCUACCAGGUGCAAGUGACUGGUCGCACUGCAGAGGGACCUCUUGAUAUUGGUCGUGCCAACACACAGACGCCAAAUGUGUGUGACAUUUCACCCUGUCUAAAUGGAGGAUUGUGCCAAAAUAAUCAAGCAGUAUCAUCAGGUUAUACAUGCAACUGUCUUCCCGGCUACACUGGAAUUAAUUGUCAAACAGAUAUCAACGAGUGUUUGAGUAACCCUUGUACAAAUGGAGGCACAUGUCAACAGCCUUUCAUCAACGCAUUCCGAUGUGCUUGUCUUCCUCAAUUUACUGGAACCACUUGUCAGAUUCCACUGAAUGUUGUUGUACGCACCGGCACAGUCACCCCGACCUCGGCCACAAUCGUAUUCACCCAGCUACCAAGCGGGUCUGCCCAAUACACCCUAGAAGUUGAUGAUUUGCAGGGAAACCUUGUCCAAAAUGUCCCUGUCAAUCCUAACCAAGCUUCAAAUGGACAGUUUACUGUCCCGGUCAAUAACCUUCAGCCCGGCUCGGGAUACAUCGUAUUCGUGCAAGGAACUAUCAGUGGACAGACAUUCCAACUGGGCUCUACACCAGUGAACACCCCUUCUUUGUGUACCCCAACUACAUGUUUGAAUGGAGGAACUUGUGUGGAUACUGGAAUAUCAUUUUUCUGUGUUUGUCAGCCUGGUUUUGAUCCAAAUACUAACUGCCAAGAUAUUAAUGAAUGUUUGAGCCAGCCUUGUCAGAAUGGGGGAACGUGUAACAAUGGACAGAACCGGUAUGAUUGCGCAUGCCCCAUUUUCUUAUCCGGUGUAAACUGUCAAAAUAACCAAUGCACGUUGCGUCCAAAUAUAUGUCAGAAUGGAGGGACUUGUGUACCAUCUACACAGCAGCCUGGAUUUAAUUGCCUUUGUCGAAACGGUUUUCAAGGAGACUUUUGUGAAAGUCAAACACCAAGUUGCAACCCUAGUCCUUGUCAAAAUGGAGGUACAUGUAUUGUUGGUACCAUAGGUAUCACAUGCAAUUGUUUGCAAGGCUACAUUGGGGAAUUCUGCCAGACAAUCGUCAACCAGUGUCUGAAUUUGCCAUGCAGAAAUGGAGGAAUUUGUGUUAGUCGAGUCAAUGGAUAUGUUUGUAAUUGUAUCCCUGGUUAUGUUGGUACCAACUGUGAAACAAAUAACAACGAAUGCGUCAGCAAUCCUUGUCUGAAUGGUGGUACCUGCAUCGACGGUGUCAAUCGCUUUGACUGCAUAUGUCCUCCAAAUUCAAAUGCAAACAUCUUCUGUGAAAGACCUCCAUCUGCUUGUGAUUCGGGACCUUGUUUGAAUGGAGGGACUUGCCAGAACACAGUAAAUGGCUUCUUCUGCUUCUGCCCAACCAACUUUCUUGGUAUUCAGUGUGAAACUUUAAACAGCCCUUGUAAUCCAUCCCCUUGUCUUAAUGGAGGAACCUGCACACCAACGGGAUCUACAUUCACCUGCCGGUGUUUUUCUACUUUCACUGGGACUCUCUGUGGACAAGCUAAUAAUGUCUGUGGUUUGAACUGUCAGAAUGGUGGGACUUGUUUGAGUGUUCCAGGAAUUCUGAUGUGCCUUUGUCCUACCAACUGGAUAGGAAAUCUUUGCACUAUUCCAAGGGUAAUUCCAGCUGGACCAGGUGUGGUUACGUCAAAUUCCUUUGAAAUAGUAUUUAGUUCCAUUGGUCCAAAUACCGAGGCCACUGCACAUCGUCUUCUCUUACUUGAUGGAACUGAUGUCGUGCAGUCAACGACCCUACCAACCGCUCCACCGCGCAAUACCGAGAUAAGCUAUGUGUUCUCAAAUCUUAAUCCAGGAGCGAUGUACACAGUCAUCAUUGCUGCUGACACGGCAGAGGAGAGCUUUGAAUUAGUCCGUGUUCCAUUCACUACAGAUGCUGAGGAUGGUUGUGUCAGCCAGCCUUGCCAGAACCUGGCUACCUGCUCACCUAACUCUGCCACGCCUCUUGGGUAUAUGUGCUUCUGUGCACCUGGAUUUACUGGAACCACAUGUUCAAUAAAUAUCAAUGAGUGUGCUUCUGGGCCUUGUUUCAAUGGGGGAAAUUGUAUAGAUGCAGUCAAUGGAUACUCGUGUCUGUGCGUAGUGGGUUACACGGGUAUUCGCUGUGAAACUGUUCUUGAUUCAUGCACCAGCUCUCCUUGCCUCAAUGGUGGUAACUGCGUUAGCCAGGUUAAUGCAUUUUUCUGUAAUUGUCAACCAAACUUUAGGGGCGUACGUUGUGAAUCAUUCAACCCACCAUGUACAUCAAACCCAUGCUUAAAUGGUGGCACGUGCAGCAACAAUCAGAACAAUGACAACUACGUCUGUAUUUGCCCGCAAAACUUCAACGGUGUGAAUUGUGAGAACCCCAUAGAUGGGGUGGAGUGUGCCAGUAAUCCCUGCAGGAAUGGAGGUACCUGCAACGAGGGCUUCCGUAGCUUUACUUGUACUUGCCCUUCCGCAUGGACCGGGAUAUUUUGUUCUGCAGACGUCAAUGAAUGCCAGAACCAACCAUGUUUCAAUGGUGGGACGUGCACUAAUCUCCAAGGGUCAUAUCGCUGUAAUUGUCCCCUUGGAUUCGGUGGAGUUAAUUGUGAAGUGAAUAUCAACGAAUGCACCUCAAAUCCUUGUGUGAACGGAGGUACUUGCAAUGAUGGAAUCAAUCUUUACACCUGUGUUUGUCUUCUAGGUUUCUCAGGACAACGGUGUGAGAUUACUCAGAAUGCUUGUUCCAGUUCUCCUUGCCUAAACGGAGGUACAUGCAACAGCAAUAAUGGCUUCUUCACAUGUAGUUGUGUCAGUGGAUUUGUUGGAAUUAGGUGCCAAACAAACAGCAACAACUGUGUGCAGAACCCUUGUCAGAAUGGUGGCACAUGUGUGGAUGGAGUGAACACGUUCUCGUGCACGUGUCUGGCAGGGUUCUCUGGUAAUCUCUGCCAGAUUUCGAAUUUCUGUGCCAACAACCCCUGCUUUAAUGGCGGAACCUGCCAAACCUUAUCCACAACUUAUCAGUGUCAGUGUGCCAAUGGAUUUACAGGUCAACAGUGUCAAAUUAAUAUCCCGGAAUGUUCAAGUGGACCUUGUCAAAAUGGAGGAACGUGCAUUGAUGGGGUGAAUUCUUUCAUCUGUCAGUGUCCUGUUGGUUACGGGGGAAUAUUUUGUCAGUUGUCAUCAUCACCAUGCCAGAGUAAUCCAUGUCAAAACGGUGCUUGCCUUACGCAGCAACAAGGGUACAUUUGCCAGUGCAAUCAGGGAUUCACUGGGGUAUUCUGUCAGACUAACAUUGAUGAAUGCCAGAGCUCACCUUGUCUGAAUGGAGCCACGUGCCUGGAUGGUCUAGCCCGAUACACGUGUCAAUGUCGCUUGGGUUUCACGGGGAUCCGAUGUGAAAUCAACGUAGAUGAGUGUGCGUCACAGCCUUGUGCCAAUGGUGGCACUUGCAUUGACAAUGUGAAUAGCUAUAUCUGCAAUUGUCCACAAGGUUUCACAGGGGCCAAUUGCUUUGAACGUAACGACCUGUGCUCACCAUCCCCCUGUGUGAAUGGGGACUGCCUUAGCGGAUCAGGGACUUUCGCAUGUCGUUGCUUUAAUGGUUAUACUGGGUCCCGUUGUGAGAUAAACCCCAAUGAUUGUGCACCCAAUCCUUGCCAGAAUGGAGGGACCUGCACUGACGGUCUAAAUAGAUUCUUCUGCAACUGCUUGCCAGGAUUCUUUGGAUCUAUGUGUGAGAUCGUUCAAGACCCCAAUCAGUGUCUUUCAAAUCCUUGUCUGAAUUCUGGUAGCUGUAUUGAUGGAAACAACCGCUUUACCUGUAUGUGCUUGUCAGGGUAUACUGGAACUCGUUGUGAAACCAAUUUCAAUGAAUGUGGCAGCAAUCCUUGCUUAAACCAAGGACAGUGUCUUGAUCAAAUCAACGCUUUCCUGUGCAACUGUCCCGCAAACUUCAUUGGAACUCGAUGUGAAACUCCACUAGUACCUGAUGCAUGUAUCUCUAACCCAUGCCAGAAUGCAGGAACCUGCACAAGAAUCAAUAACGGAUAUCAGUGUCUCUGCCAACCAGGAUUCCAAGGCGCUAAUUGUCAAAUAAAUAUCAAUGAGUGUGCUUCGAACCCUUGUCUGAAUGGAGGCACCUGUCUUGAUAGAGUGAAUAGAUUCACGUGCACCUGUACCCAGUUCUACACUGGACAGACCUGUGCAUUUGCUAUUGUCAACCCCUGCACGACUGCACCAUGCUUGAAUGGUGGUACAUGCAGCAUCAACCCCGCCAAUCCAAGUAGUUUCCUGUGUACCUGUCAGUUUGGAUAUAGUGGAAACCAAUGUCAAUUCGAUGGUAAUCAAUGUUUGUCAAACCCAUGUUCUAACGGUGGUGUGUGCAUCGAUGGUAACGGCCGAUUUGCCUGUAAUUGUGCUCCUGGAUUUAGUGGUGACACUUGCCAAAUCAACAACAAUGAGUGUAUUAGCAGUCCUUGUCUCAACGGAGGUACAUGUAAUGACUUAAGCAAUGCAUAUAGCUGUACUUGUCAACCUAACUUCAAUGGCGUAAGAUGUGAAACUCCUAUACAAGUGGCCAAUCCCUGCAUGUCAUCACCCUGCAUGAAUGGAGGUACCUGUGUAAGGACUGGUGAUUCUACCUAUGUGUGUAACUGCCGCACUGGAUUUAUUGGAGUAAGAUGUAGCCAGCCGAUCGAUACUACAACUUGUGCCGAUUCACCUUGUCAGAAUGGAGCUACCUGUUUACCAACUCAGAAUGGAGCUAGUUAUUUCUGUGUCUGCUACUCUGGGACAUCAGGGAAUAAUUGUGAAGUUGGGCAGACGGCAUGCUUCCCCCAGCCUUGUCAGAAUGGUGGUACAUGUGUAUCCAUGACCAGUGGUCAGAAUGGCUUCUUCUGUAUGUGCCCACCUGGACUUGGCUUGACUGACAUCACAUGUGCAGGUGUAGGUGCAAACCCUUGUUCAUCAAACCCAUGUUUAAAUGGAGGAAUAUGCUCAUCGGUAUUUACGACAUCAGGAACUAUCAGCGGAUAUGAAUGCAAUUGCCAGGCAGGCUAUACAGGAGUACGAUGCCAGACUUUAAUAACUCCUCCAGUUUCACCUUGUCAGAACAAUCCCUGCCAGAAUGGAGGAACAUGCACCAAUAACGGAUUAUCCUUCUUCUGCACUUGUCGAAUUGGGUUUACCGGCACAACAUGCCAAACAUCUGUUCCUUGCAACUCAAACCCUUGCCUAAAUGGAGGUAAUUGCCAGGUAUCCACCAAUGCCUACGUGUGUAAUUGUCUACCUGGCUUUGCUGGAACCAGAUGCGAGCAGAGUAACGUAUCACCGUGUCAGUCUAACCCUUGUUUCAAUGGUGGAACAUGUAAUGUGGAAGGUAACAUCUAUAGGUGUUCUUGCAUUGAUGGUUUCACUGGACUUCGGUGUCAGACACCUCCAUUACCUUGUUUUUCCAAUCCAUGUUUGUUUGGUGGAAGCUGCAGCAACACUGGAAACACAUUCUUCUGUGCGUGUUUAGCUGGUUACUCUGGAAACAGAUGCCAGACUCCACCAUCACCUUGCUCAUCCAGCCCAUGUUUUAACGGAGGAGUGUGCUCCUCAUCUGGAGGGAUAUUCUCCUGCUCGUGCCCAUCAGCAUAUACCGGUACCAGAUGUGAGAUAUUGGUCGCUACCAGCCCUUGUCAGUCCAAUCCUUGCGAAAAUGGAGGUACUUGUGCACAACAACCAACUGGUGGUUUUAUAUGUUUAUGCCAACCUGGAUUCGGAGGCACCAGAUGCACAACAGUGGUUCCAUCUCCAUGCCAGCCUACAAACCCUUGUCGCAAUGGAGGUACCUGCUCCUCCAUUGGUAAUGUGUUUUUUUGCACAUGUCUGCCUACAUAUACCGGAUCUACCUGCCAGACACCAACUGCUACAGAUUGUACUUUCGUAUGUGCUAACGGAGGGGUGUGUGUGUUGGAUGUUCUUCAUCGUGUGAAUGUCUGUCAAUGUCCCCAAGAGUUUGAUGGAAACCAGUGCCUCUCAAGAACGACAUGUUCCAGGAACUAUACUUUAGCCCAGGGACAGCAGGUGGCAGUGACAAGCCCUAAUUAUCCCAACCCCUAUCCUAACUCGGUUCGCUGUGAGAUCUACUUCCAAGCAUCAGAUCCAAACAGGCGCCUACGCGUGACUGUCAAUGAGUUCGAUACCGAGUGUGAGCAUGACUAUGUUACGGCUGGAAAUGGUGGAAAUCUGAAUGAUCAGACCUCCAUUCUGAUGAGACUGUCUGGCGAUGAACAGGUCCCGCCUUUUGUCAUCGACAGCAACCAGGGAUGGCUCCUAUUUGAAAGUGAUCUAUGGGUCACCAAUCCAGGAUUCGCACUCACGGUCCAAGAUGUGGAUACCACAGAAUUCAUGGCUGAUUGUCCACCCGACUUCUGCCGAAAUGGAGGUACGUGUGUGGUAGUAGUUGAUCAACCCCAGGUCCUCGGAUGUCUGUGCCUGGAUGGCUUCACUGGAGAUAACUGCAUUGAUGAUACGAACGAGUGUGCCAGCAACCCCUGUUUCAAUGGAGGAAGAUGUAAUGACCUUCUUAACGCAUACUCAUGCACAUGUAUUUCAGGCACGUUUGGCCCCAGAUGCCAAACAAUAACAACUCAGUGCACCAGCCUUGACUGCAGGAACGGAGGAACCUGUGUGAUGUCGCAGUUAGGCUUGGCAAGCUGCAAUUGUGUUGCUGGAUAUGAAGGAAACCUGUGUCAAACCAAUAUUAAUGAAUGUGAGAGCAACCCCUGUCUCAACAGUGGUAUGUGCACAGACCAAGUUGAUGGAUUCUUCUGCAGCUGUCGCGAUCCAUACUCUGGAAUACUUUGCGAAACAAACAAUGCUAAUGUUGCUCGCUCCUCUGCCCGGGAUGGCAUGAACUUGAGUUUACCUGAGCUGGCAUCAACAAAUCUAUCAGCAUCGUGGAUAGCUGUCAUCGUUGUCCUCUUCAUCAUCAUCAUUGUUAUGGGGAUGUACAUUGGAUAUAGAUACUAUCAAGGAAGGCGUCAACGGCUUGAAGAUGGAGAGCAGCUUCUUGAGGAGUAUUCAAACAGAGCUCUGGAUCCGGUCCCUCCUACUGAAAUGGGAGCUUAUGAACUCGUUCACCUACCAGGAGGAGCAAGAUCUGGGAGUGUCUCUGCAAUGAAUGCGAACCAGUCACCGUGGCCCCAGAGUGCUGCCAACAUCUAAUGGCCAUCAUAUGAUGAGCUGAGAACCUCAAAUAUACAUGAACUAUACUAUAUGAGAUAUUUAGUAAUUGAUAUAUGAUACACAUUUAAGAAUACUGUCAUUUUACUCAGACACUUGUUCCAGUGCAAUAAUAGUUUGUAUGUCUGUGUAUCAGUUUUGGGAUAUAUAAUCUUAAGUGUCUCUGAUUUCAGCAGCAUCUUUCUUCUUGGGAAAAAAUGAUUAUGUCACAGAUAAUUGCUGUUUGAUGCUGUUCAUGUUUUCAUGUUUUCAUGUUUUCAUGUUUUCAUAUUAUAUAAUAAUUAAUAUUUGAACAUACUUAUAAUACUCACACUUAUAAUACUCACACUUCCUUGUUACAAUUUGGUUAUUGUUUGUACUUCUCUAAGUCGGGGUAAUGUAAUCUUACUUAUGAUUUACACAGUGUGCUUAUUUUAGGGAAAUGGUCAUGGGAUAAACUUGAUAAUCGUUUACAUAAUCCUAUCAGUGUACUUUCCUAGUACAAUCUUCUUUACAAAAUGAAUAUGUGGAGAUAAUGUUUUUAGAAUGAAGAAAUGUAAUCACUCUCGAUUAGAUUUGAGCUGGAAAAUUUGCUUAACAUAGGCCUUCAAGCCAAAUCAAUUAUGACAUUUUGUACCUAUUCAUGUUAGAGGCCAGAGAUUAUCUAUUCUAUUGGAUCACACAUUUUUUUUUAGAUUACGGUAUGUUAUUUUUUCUAAAAAUAAUAGGCCUAUAUCUGAAAGAGAAAAGCAAUUUUCAAAAUGGUUACCAGAAUUCUCUGUGUAGUUGGCAAAAAUUGAUUAAUUUAUAGUUUAUUUGCUUUCCAAAAUAUUGACCAAUGUUCUCAUUGGGUUGUUUGAAGCUCUAAAAAUGCUUUACAAUGCGUCAUUCACUUUAAACACCAUUUCCGAUGCACUUUUUAUUCAGAUUAGUUUACCCAGCAUUACUACAUUGAAUAUCUUAAUCCUUAAAAUGCAGCUCAUAUAUCAUGCAUUGCUCCCUAGUAGAAAAAAUUUAAUAUAAUGAAGAACGUUGAAUAUAACAAUCUAAAAUAUGAUAUUUGUCUAUCAUGCAUACCUAGUUGUAGUGUUCAAACAAUAUGUUCCAGUAAUCUUUACUGUCAGUAAGAAAUUCUUUAUUUCUAGAAUGUCAUGUUUCAAUUUUAAUAUUUCAUUGCUAAUGAAAAACACAAAAAGUCUUAAUUUCAUUAGAUUAUGACAUUUAGCGGCUAGACUUGGGCAUACAUACAUAAUUUAGUAUUUCAUUAUCUCUCUCAUAUAGUUGAUAUUUUGUAUCCAUAAUAUAUCAUCAUUCAAUUCAUUUUCAAAAAGACAUGACAUAAUAUAAAGAUAAGUUGUAGAUUUAUGUCCGUCGUCCAACCUAUAAAUCUACAUGAACAUAUCUCCAUGCUAAAAUUUGAGUUGUAUACCAUGAGGUAUAUUUUUUUUUAUUUACAGGCAUUAUCUUGAAAUAAUCUUUUAGAUGCAUACAUUUAGAAAAUUACAUUUACUGGAAGAGCAGGCACUCUUUGAACAUAUUCAUUGUAACUACAGAGCGCCAACAAAUCAUAUUAAGCUAUAUCUGAGGGAAUAAUGACAACUAUUUUUAUGAUAUUUUCUAUGAAUCUAGAUUCAUAUUUUGCACCCUUCGUACUGAUCAUUAUUGUAUAGACAAAAUUAAAGACUUAUAGCCAUUUAUUAGCUUCCCUGGAAUAAAAUUAUUGGGAAAAAUUUACUACGAUUGUUGAAUGUGAUUGUACCAAUGUGAAAAAUUGCAACAUUAGCGUGACAAGUGUUAAGAUAAAGUAUCUGUCAAUGUUAGAGAAUGUAUAUCAAGAUAAAGGACCAUCUGCUGAAAAUGUCAAAUAUAUGUAUUUUUUAGUUUAUAUUCUUAUAAUUGUUCUAUUUAUUAUCAUGUGUAUGAUAUCGAAUUAGAGUUGAUUUAAAAGUAUGUUAUAAAAGUUAAAGCUUACAUUACUGAAUAUAUUGGGGAUAUUGUAUGGGUUAUAUACUACUUUAUUAAAAUAAAAAGGCAUGCC